AUCGCAGCCGCCGGGGCCGCGGCCGUCCUUAACGCUUCCCCGGCCGCUCGGCCGUGGCUCGGCGCCCCAUCCCCGCCAGCAGCGCCCCAGCCUCUCCCCUUCCAUCUGCUGCUCCUUCCCGCUCGAGGCAGAAGGAGUUUCCUACCCGUGUGUGCAUAAAGCCCGACUUCUCCCCUCCCUCGCUGCACCGCUAUCGCACCUUCCACCCCCCCUUCAGCCUCUCCGCCGCCUCCUCCCCGCGGGCCGGGCGGGCGCGCAGCUUCUCUCCACCCGCCGAGGAUGCGGCUGUCGCUGCUGAGCCCGUUUCUCCUCUUCGCCCUGGGCUGCGGCCCCGGCGCCGCCGAGCUGCCGGCGCCCCGAGCCAAGUGCCCGAGCCGCUGCGAUGUCUCCAAGUGCCCCAGCCCCAGCUGCCCCAGCGGCUACGUCCCAGACCGCUGCAACUGCUGCCUCAUCUGCGCCGCGGGAGAAGGGGACUCGUGCGGCCGCAAGGAGGACCCGCCCUGCGGGGACAGCCUCGACUGCCGCUACCCCAUGGGCAAGCGCUUCGCCAAGGGCGUCUGCCAGUGCAAGCUCAGCGCCCAGGUGUGCGGCAGCGACGGCCGCACCUACGACAACAUCUGCCAGCUGAAGGCCGUGAGCCGCAAGGCGCUGCAGCACGGGCUGCCCGCCGUCUCCCAGGUCCAGAAGGGAGCCUGCGAAUCGGGUCACCUACAGUUCAACAGCCCAAGAUACAAAUUCAACUUCAUAGCAGAUGUGGUGGAAAAGAUUGCUCCUGCAGUUGUGCACAUUGAACUUUUCCUCAGGCACCCUCUCUUUGGUCGAAAUGUGCCGCUUUCCAGUGGAUCUGGGUUUAUUAUGUCUGAUUCUGGUUUAAUUGUAACCAACGCUCAUGUGGUCUCAAGCACCAAUGCUAUAUCAGGGAGGCAACAGUUGAAAGUGCAGCUACAGAAUGGAGAUACCUAUGAAGCUACCAUCAAAGACAUUGACAAGAAAUCUGACAUUGCAACAAUAAAGAUUCACCCUAAGAAAAAACUACCAGUAUUGUUACUGGGACAUUCUGCUGAUCUGAGGCCGGGAGAAUUUGUGGUGGCAAUUGGAAGUCCGUUUGCCUUACAGAACACUGUGACAACAGGUAUCGUCAGCACUGCUCAGAGAGAUGGUAAAGAACUUGGCCUGCGGGACUCGGAUAUGGAUUACAUUCAGACAGAUGCUAUUAUCAAUUAUGGCAACUCUGGAGGACCUCUAGUUAAUCUGGAUGGUGAAGUGAUUGGAAUUAACACCUUGAAGGUCACAGCUGGAAUUUCUUUUGCUAUUCCUUCAGAUCGCAUCACUCAGUUUCUCACAGAGUCGCAUGACAAACAAAGUAAAGAUGGGAAGAAGCGUUUCAUUGGCAUCAGAAUGCUGACAAUAACACCUGCCUUGGUGGAAGAACUGAAACACAAUAAUGCUGAUUUUCCUGAUGUCAGAAGUGGAAUUUAUGUACAUGAAGUUGUUCCAAACUCACCUUCUCAUAGAGGAGGGAUCCAAGAUGGUGAUAUUAUUGUUAAAGUCAAUGGGCGUCCUUUGCUGACUUCCAGUGACCUGCAAGAGGCUGUGAUGAAUGAAUCACCUCUACUACUUGAAGUUAGAAGAGGAAAUGAUGACUUGCUAUUUAACAUUGAGCCUGAAGUUGUCAUGUAAAUAGAAUUGAGGAAGCUCUUACCAUAAUUAAACUCACUUAUUCUGGAACACUAGAUACCUCCUUUACAGCUACAGUAAUUAUACUUCCUGUUGACUAAUGACAAGGUGGACUAACUUAAUUGCCUGAGCCAUUUCUGUACAUAGUUGCUAGAAUUAAUUCAAUUAUGCCAUUUAUAAAAGAUUUAACUUUCACAGAAAUUUAAGAACUGUGUUCUGGGGAGUGUGAGGGGAAAAUAUAUUUUGCGUAACUAGGAAAAUGGUGUCCACUUCCAGUUCCUGAAGAUUCAGAGCAGAUUCAGUACUGCAUUUUGAAAGACCAAAAUACUACUGGAAGUGAGGAAGCCUGCUGGAAGCGGAAGUUAUUCUUAAACUGCAGUCAUGGCUGCAGCAGAACCAAGCUAUUGCAAUGCAUAAUUGAGCUUUUUCUUGUGUAACUUUUUCAAUGUGAAACUAGUAUUGACAAAGCUUGUAUUUGUUCAUGCUUCUAUGCUACACAUCAAUGCAGGCAGAUUAAAUCUGUAAAUAUCGAAAGGAACAAAAAUGGUAUCAGGCUAUAGAGUGUUACACCUAGGUCAUGCGAUUUUGGAAUAUAGUAAAUGAUUCUUAUAGAAUUAAUGCCUUAUUAUAUAUAUAAAUCAAAACAAUGUGCUGAACAAAGUUAAGUUUGAGAAAGUACAGUUUUUUAAAGAAUUUGAUACAAAUUAAUUUUGCAUUUUACUGGUGAGCUUUGCCGUAAAAUUGUUAUACUACUUUUGGCUUGUACUGUGUAUGUUUCUACUGUAGGGAGAUAAAAGUUUACACAAAUAAUAUGUUGGUGUCAACCUCUUUUUCAAACAAGAACGUCUGCUUUCCCUCUUCUGUCAGGCUGGAAUAGGCACUCCCAAGAGAAAAUUUUGUUACAGGAAGUUGGGCCCUAAUGUAAUGAAAAAGCUUUGCAGCCCUGUGGUUGGAUUAUUCUGCCCUUAUAGAGACUAUAUUUAGAAAUGCUUUAAGUCACAAGUCAUUUAUUUACCCUUUUUUCGUAUUUGAGUUGUGUUUUGAUGCCAUUUAGAGAGUAUCUACUUGAGCUUCUGUUGUCCUCAAUUCUGCCUGUACGUGACAAGAAGCAGAAAGGAAGCGCUAUUGACCCUGUUUUUACAGCUCGAGCAUAUGAGAGAUUAAUGAACUCAGGACAGCUAAAUCCAGAUCUCCUAGGUAUCCUAAACCACACAAUUUUCUUCUUUCCUAGCAAAUGUUGCUAUUGUUUCCAAAGACAUAGAUGAGUGUCUCUAUCUUGAGCACUUUCUACAGCAAGCUGUGCUUCCUGGACUUGAUUCUUGUGUCCUUAACUCCUUUUUCUUUUGAAAUAUAUCUUUGGGGCACCUAGACUCUUCCCUUUAGGUUGCCACCAUGUCUAGGCUUUCUGGCUGUACCAACUGACGUGUUUGUGACAAGCCUUGCACCUUUGGGUUUGUACAGUAUGAGGAGUGCUGUUUGGCUGUCACUGCCACUGUACAGUUACAAGGUGAAUGGGAUGUAUUGCUCGUAAGAAUGGAUAUUGUUUCUUUCCAUUGCACUAUUGCCCAUGUCUUUAAUAAUGCCAGGAUACCCAUGUUUGUGCCCAUUGAUUAAUGUUAGACAAGUUAAAAAUAUUUCCACGAGUUUGUUACUAAUUUUUUAAAUUUUGGACCAACAAAUUGUUUUGUAAGAAGACUCAAAGAGUGAUUUACUUCUCUUAUUGUGAGUGAAUCUCUUUGGCUUCCAGGUAACGUAGUAAUGAUUUUGAAAUAAAUUGCCUAACAACUGUUAUAACAACAAUACUCUUGUAAUUGAAUAAUGAAUUGAAUAUUGAAUUUAGACAAUUGAAUAUUGUCUAAAAGUGAUGUAACAUCACUAAAAUUAAAACAAUACAUUUUUGUUGAUACUGGCCAAAUGCCUUGGCCU